CCGUCCGUUAGUGGCUGAUGUGAUGAGCUGGAGCCCCUGGUUGUGGCUCAGUAAGGAGAGGGAGAAUGUCGCUGCGAUUGCCGCUGACGAGUUGCCGAUUGUUCGCGUACGCAUCAACUGUCGGAAGAGCGAAGAAGCUGAAACGCCACUUCACCUCCUCUUCCUUCUCUUCCGUGCGAAAUGCCACCGCUUCCGUCUCUACCGAUUUCCCUAUUAUUCCCGGACUCGAAGAUCAAAUGGUCGGAUACAUAUUUGGGAGGAGGAAGGCAACUGAUGUAGCUCACUCAGUUUGGAAACAUGUGCUUCGAGAGGGUGACGCUGCCGUUGAUGCCACAUGUGGCAAUGGUCAUGAUACCUCAGCACUAGUCAAACUGGUUGCGGGUGAAUCGGCUAGGGGUCGUGUUUAUGGAAUGGACAUCCAGGAAGGUGCUUUACAGAGCACCUCUUGCUUCCUGAGACAAUCUCUCAGCCCCCAAGAGAUGGAGCUUGUGAAGCUUUUUCCUAUGUGUCAUAGUAAGCUGGCGGAAAUUGUCCCUGAAGAUGCCUUGGUGAGGCUUGUGGCAUUCAAUUUGGGCUAUCUUCCUGGAGGUGAUAAAGCAAUAACCACUAGAUCAGAAACAACACUACUAGCAUUGGAAGCCGCAGGGAGUAUUAUAGAACCCGGAGGGCUAAUCAGCACCGUGGUCUAUGUGGGACAUCCUAAUGGAAGGGAAGAGUUCGAAACUGUACAAGCAUUUGCUUCUGGGCUGUCAACGGAGGAUUGGGUCUGCUGUAAGCUACAGAUGUUGAAUCGACCAUUGGCUCCGGUUCUCAUUUUCACGUUUAAAAGAUAAUCAUGUAGCAUUGGUUUGCUUGCAAAUUUUUGAGAUUCAAUCCUGCCUCGAGAGAGGAUUGUUCUGUUUGCACUUUUCUAUAACUGUGUGGUUCUCUGAGUUCUCUUUUUUGUCUUUUGUUUCUUCCUUGGC